UUCAUUAUGCCAUAUUUUUUUUUUAAAAGAAAAGUCAUCAAAGACAUUGAGAUAAGAGAGAAGACGAUCAGGGCUAAAACUCUUAUCUAGAGAGGAAAAUGUACGUAACAAGGGCUCUGUCCCUGUAUACAAGGCACAGGGAAGCACUGUCGUUGGCGCCCCCUGAAGGUCCAAAUUCUGGUUAUCUGGUAAUCCAUGAUGGAUUAGAGUAUGAGAGUUCCACCAGCUGCUGUGGAUUGUGCAACAACAACAUCGACAUCUCCCACUUGCCUUUCCCACAGAACAAAGUUAUCAACAUUAGUGACAGCGAGUUCUCUCGAGGUUUCGUUUUCAUUCCAGUUCCCAAUCAACCGCUAUCCUCCAAUCGCUACUACGCAAUAGUGUCUCACGGCCCCAAUAAAGGGAAGGCAAUCAAAUGCUCGAAAAAAAUAGAUAUGGGUACAUCUUGUUUCGGCAGACCAUAUGUUCAAGACGUUAAUUCAGUGGCAUUAGAUCCCUUGAACACUUAUCAACAAAUUGAGAUAAUUAACCAAAAGAAUCAUUGUGGUUUCACAGCCAAGUCUAUUACUGAUGGAUUUCCCCCUGAAAUGCUAAGGUUUAAGAAUUGGACCGCUCAAAUGGAAACUCCAAAGUACUACCAACUACACCACCAAGCUCAAGGUCUAAACUCUUCUCUUCGCACCAUUCUUCCCUCAUUAAAUUUCCCGCUGUCUAGCGAUUCUUCUGCGCCUGUCGUUGUCGGAAAAUGGUAUUGUCCUUUCAUGUUCGUGGAAGAGGUUAUGAAGCUAAAAGAUCGGGUGGAGACAUCCAUGUUCUAUGAAAUGACACUUGAGCAAAGAUGGGUUAGGGUUUUCGAGUGUGACAAUAUUGGAAACCACAAGAAAUUGGUGUUAGUGAAUGUUGUCGUUGAAACGGAAGAUGUUCGUGUUAUGGGGAGGAAAGCUAAUUGGGAUGACACACAUGUGUAUAAUAAUGUGGUGUGGUUUUGGAGUGAUGAGAAUAUAGAGGAAAAUGAUCAUAGAGUUGGAUUGAAUAUGGCUAUUGUUGAAAGAAUGAAGUGGGAGCAGAAACGGGUUGGAUGGAUUAGUGGGGAUGAAAGAAAAGGGAUUGUAGAGAGAGCUGAGGAGUUUCAUGGAAAAGCUCAUGACUGGACUAAGUUUGGUUGUUAUGUUUUGGUGGAGAGAUUUGUUUUGAAAAGAAUGGGUGGGAGCCUUCUCUUGACAUAUGAUUUCAAGCACACCCACCAGAUUAGAUGCAAAUGGGAAUGAAAACAAUUCUUUGAAAGAAUUCCCAAUAUGUAAUUUUUCUUUUUU